CAUGUGACUGAAACUAGGACAAAAUGGCUAAUGGAUAGAUGAUAGACUUAUGAGAUCAGUCAUGGUAAUUUCAAGUUAAAAAAAUAAUUAAAAAAUGAACCACACUUAUUGAAGCAGUUGCUGCGGUGUGAUUACACUUUUAAGGGUAAUCCCUUAUCAUUAUUUUACCACCCUACUAUUACUUUUACUAUUAGUUACUAAACUUACUACUACACUACUUACCAAUUUCAAUUAUCAAUUCAAUGAGACUUGGACUUGGACUAUUGACUUGACAAUGAAUUAAUGAUCAAUAAUUUUUUAAUGUCAAUAUUGCUCUGUCACUGGGGUCAGACUCUGACUCUGAGUACUCAGACUGAAGGCUAAAGCAAAGGCCAGUAAAACUCACUUGUUGUCAUGUUUAGUCAAUGAUUCAAUUAUCUUUCAUUUUGAUACCAAAUUUUAGUGACAGUGAGUAUGAAAUGUGGGUAUCGGUAUAUCAUCAAUAAUCACACAAUCUCUAGUACUAGUACAGUUAAGUGUCCCAAAUUAUUAUUUAUUUUUGGCUGCGGCUAUCCGGACCCAGUACUGAAGAGUGAGAGGGUGGGUUUAUUGAAAAAUAUAAAAAAUAUUAUUGUAGGGUUUGUAAGAUAAAAUUUGGUAUCAAAUCAAAAUGAAAGAUAAUUGAAUGGACUAUGACUAUGAGUAUGACUAUGAGUCAUGAGUAACUAUGACACUUUAUUCUUUUAUAUUAUAUGUUUUUAAACUUACUUCUUCAGUUUAACCAAAAUAAACUACCACAAAUGACAUCCAAAUAGUAUUUAGUCUAAAGGGACAGGGGCACUCAUACUCAUAGUCAUAGCCACUAUGCUUAUUUUUAUUUAGGUCUAAAAUAUAAUAUAAUCAUAAGCAAUAUCAAUAUAAACGGAAAAUUUAGUUAUAAUUAUUUCAGUAUUUUAGUAAUAUUACUAUUACAUUUAAAAUAAAAAAAGGAAUGUUACUUGAAUGUAGGCCUAUAUGCUAUGAUAUUUAUUUUUUUUUUUUUAAAGUUAAUGCAUACUCUCCUGUUGACACAUUGCUUUUACACUGAUAUAUUUUAGUUUCCAACCAUUAUGAAAAAGUUUAUAAUAUAAGCACAUUUUAGUUUAAAAUAUUCACUCUGUGCCUUGUGCUUCAGGCCAAGGAAACAACUUUUGAAUAUUGGUGUCACAGUUGUUCAUUUGAAUUUAAUUUUGUCAUGGAUCAGAAGAUAUUAUGGACUCUUCACAGACGUUUACUCAUUAAAUCUUUCAGCUUUUAUCCUGACAUGCUUGUUGUCUUCAAAAACUCAAAAAUUUAUUAAAAGAACAUACUAUUUAUUACUUUAAAAUAAACUGGUCAUGUUGUGGAAAAAUCUAUUUUUAUAUACCCUGUCAAUAUCCUGUUUUUUUAUAUUGUACUAAUGUAUUUUAUGCCAAAAUAAUGUCCUGGUAUUUUAAAAUUAAGAAAUUUGCCUUUUUCUUUUCAAGUUGCUAAAAAGAUGUACCAGUGUAAUGCUUGAAUUGGGCACAGCAUACAAAAUUAAAUAAUUAAGCACAUGCGAAUAAUUCUGAACAGUUGGUCACUCUGGUUUGCAAGCCUAUCAUUUUGUAUAUUUUAUCAAGCUGUGCGCCUAUUUAAAUUAUAAAUGUUACAAUAACUACCUUUGUCUGACUCUUAUUUUAAUUGAUUUUGAGAAAUAUAUUUUUAAUUGUAUUUUAAACUUCAUUUUUAUUUUUCCUUCUAGUUACAAUGAAUCUUUGCAAAUUGAACCAGAGUCUUUCAGAAGCAGUUGACUUAUUUAUAAUUAGGAAAUUCGACCUGUGUUUUAGACUGUGCACUAAUGUCAUCAAGACAGCCAAAUGUGAUACAGAACAAGAAGGGUAUGGAACAACAUUAAUUCAGAACAAUUUUAAUAUAUUUCUAUGUAAAUUUAAGCUAAUUUUUUUUGUUUUGUUGGGAGUUUCACAGCCACCACUGCCCACCAAAACAAAAUAAUCAAUGUUUGAAACAAAAUAAGAUUUAAAAAAAAAAGAAAAUCACUAUUUUGGAGUUAAAUACCCUUAAUAUAACAACACUGGAAUGCUCUGUUUAGAACUGUAUAGGUACUUACAAGUUAAAAAAUAUAUUUUCUUUUUCCUCUUUUUAAUUGAAUUAAAAUCCAUAAAUGCGUGUAAUAUAGUGCAGGAACAGUAAAAACAAUUUAAGUUCCAUGUUUUACUUCCUUUUAAAAAUGUUUAAUAAAUGAAAUUUUGUUGAUUAUAUUUUAAUAAUGUUGAAUUCUGCAAUAAUUCUAGAAAUCAAGAUGUGAUAGAAGCAGCUACUGCACUGGGGAUUCAAGCAUUAGCAGAGAAUGACAUGUGGCAGCACACUGUUGCAUUUAUCAAUAAUACUUAUGGAGCUAUAGAACUGUGCCCACCUAGAAUAAUUCAAGUGUGGUAAUUAUAUUGAUAUCAUUACUUGAUGCAUAAUGUUUUUGCAGAAUAAUCUACAGUGGUGGUAUUUUCCAACAAGGAGUUGGAAAUCUUGUAUUUCAAUUAGUGGCAUUGUGCAAUGGAAAAAUGUUAUGUAAUGAAAAAGAGUGAAUCAAAAUAAAUGUUGAUGAGGAAUUAUAGUGGUUCUUUGGCAUAAGAAAAUUUUAAAAUAAAUUUUAAAAUGUAAAUGUUGCUAUGGCAGACUGGUUAAGAAAGGUUGCAGGAUUAACUCCAUAAAAUCUAAAUUUUAAAAAUAAAUGUUUGAAUUAAAGUGUGUUUCCAAAAAAUAAGAAUUAUUUUUUAGAAGCUUUUACUCUUCUUAUACAUGAAAAGAAAAUCAAGUUAUAUGUGGAAAUUGUCAAAUAUGAAUCUUUUCUAAUUUAUUAAAGCUAUAUUCAUUUUUUUCUGAUUAUGACUAGUAAAUUUUGCUGUUGUUUAAAAACAGCUACAGGUAGACAAUAUAAAUUUUAUAAUUUUCAUUGUAUUUCAGUAUACUUCUUCACGCUCAUGUUAAAGAAUAUGCCCAAUGUCAUCAAAUUGUUCAGAUGUGGUUAAAAAACCCACAUAAUAUUAAUAAUUGCCAAUGUUCAAAGGUAAAUAUUUUGAAUGUACGCUGCUGUAUAUAUACAAUUAAUACAAUCAAAUGUUUCUUAAAUUUUAUUCUUAUACUUCCUAACUUGGUUUUAUUUUGCUAUUCAUUAUUAUUUAUAAUUUGUUUCAAGAAAUAUAUUUAUCCUAGCUAUAGCCCGCCAAACAUUAGCGUCAGCAAUGUGUGAACUUCCCAUGUAGUAAAGUUACUUGACAAAACAUGAACUCAAGUAACGCACAUUUAAAAAUCCCAAUAUUUGCUACACUCCUUCCCCCAUGAUACAUCACUGCACACUUUUUAUUUCACUUCCACAAACUAUAUUAAUAUUCUCAUGUCCCAACCACUUUUAAACUGAAUAUUUUUUACACAAUACUUAAAUUGAGACGGUUUCAUUUCCGAAAAGAAAAUAUUACGCACCAAACGCAAUUGCGUUAUUAAAAAUAUAUAUAUAUCAUUUAGCAUAGUUAACGGGAAUUAUAUUUUGCGGUUUAGUGAACUCAUUAUUUAACCACACUCUGGCUUAUCUAUAUAUAAAUCUAUAUAUGGUGGUGUUUGACCUUUGCUGGUGAAUUAUAUAUAUAGAUUGCUCCUUGCUCAUAGGUUAUUCAAGUUUAUGCACAUCAUAUUUUAUGCCCUACUGGUUCAUACGAGAUGUUACAAGAGAUUGUCCAAAGCUGCAGUAAUUGCCUUACACUCUCUGAAAAGUCAGCCUUACUUAAACUACCUCAGGUAAAUUUUAGUGUGUAUUGUCUUUCAUUAUUUAUUGCAUUUAGAGUUAAAUUGCUAAAUUUAGUUUUGUAAAAAAAACAACAACUUUAAGUAAGACUACUACUACUCAAAUUAAAAUGAUCUUUUGAAACAUUUUUCAAUUAAUUUGGUGAUUGAGACCGAUUUCUUUCUGAAAUAGGCUGGCAGAUUUAAAGACGCAAAAUUCAAGUCAGAAAGUUAUAAUCCACUAAUAGAAGCAGAAAUUGGUAGUGAAAAAAUAGAGUGUUCAAGAUUAAAUGCAUCAGGUCUUACAUGCACCUCCAACAGCAGUGACCACCCGGAUAAAGUCUUUGAUGACCUGUUACCAAAUAAAAGGCCAAAAGGUGCAUUGUUUAAAAUUAAAAUCUAAUUACUUUUUAAAAACAGGGACUUUAUAUGAAAUUAACUUUUCUUUUUUUUUUUUAAAGUAAAAAUGUAUGUCUGUAUAUUUUGCAAUGAGUAAUAUCCUGUAUGCAACAUUGGUUGUAAAGUAACAAUGGCCUCUCUAUUUGUAAAGAAGUCAUUGAACCAUAAUGCUGUAGGAGUGAAGGCAUAGAGCAGUGAAGAAAUUAGUAUCUAUUACUAAGUGUAACAUCUAAAACUCUUAGUUAUUUGCCUGCUUUCAAGUUAUUUGCCUCUGGAUCAAGUUAAUCAGUUUUGUUUUUAAUUAAUUGAUUUGUAAUUUCAUAAAAAGUUCACAUAUAUGAUACUGUUUAGCAUAACAUUAUCUUAUUAUCUAUAUUGUUAGAGAGUUGUGAAAAUAAUAUUCUGAAUAUAGCUGAUAACAGUUUACGACAGGGGGGCCCUUGUGAUGAGUUUAUUACACCAAGUGGGUUGUGGAUAGAAGAAAGUAUGAGAACCACUGCAUUAACACGUCCCACUGAUGGAAACCAUGUACCAAGUUUCAUCUCUCUAAGAACCUAGUAACCUAGUCAGAAAAUGGAUCCUAAUGGUCAACAUACAUAGUGGUGUUAUGUGCUGGAAUCAGAUUUAACAAAUUUGAUUUCAAAUGUCUAGUUAACAAACAGUACUUACCAAAGGGACAGUAGCAUUGAUUAAAUAUGAUGUAGAAAGAAGCAACAAUUUAUUUCCACUGUUAAUUACAGUAUAAAACUAAAAGUGCAAACUCAAAUACAAAAAUAUGAAAACCUCUUAACUUAGAGCGUGUGAAACCAUAUUAUAUUAGGAAGGUGAAAAUAUUAAUCUACACACACAUCAAAAAAUCUUAAUAAGUCUUCUUAGUCCUUCUUGAUCUCUUGUAGGUCCUGUAUUUUGUUGAUCAGUUGACCUUUAAUUUAUAGUCGGGGAGGGGGGGGGGGAGAAAACAUUUCUAGAUUCGAACCUUUAGUUUUAAAAGGAAAGAAUUCUCUAUAUAACCCUAUAGGAAGUAUGUGAGAAGCAGUGGUUGGAGGAUGGCCUGUCAACACAAGGACACGUUUAUUGAUGUUGACAUUAAACACAAAUAUAAGGGGAGAUAAUUCUGCAGCCCAAAGCUACAACUCUAGUUGAAACUAAAGCUGAGUCAAGAAAAUUUACAUUUAACACUAUAACUUAUAACAAUAGAUAUACAUAACUCACAUAAAAGUAAAUAAAAACAAACAUUUUAAAGGACCUAAUGAAAAUCUUUGAAGAAUAAAAUAUAACCAUAAAGUUAUUCAAGAGAUGAAACCAACAAACAGACCACAAAGGAUACCACAAAGGAUAAAAGAUAACAAGUGGGGAUUUUCUAUCUCCCCACAGUCCCAUAUACCCCCCCCCCCCUUUUCCAAUUCUACAAAUUGUCAUAAGAGAUAUGUGCCACUGUGUCAUUUGAAAUUAACAAAAAGGAAAAAAGAAAACAAGGGGGGAUUUUUUAUCCCCCCCCAGUCCCAUAUCCCCCCCCCCCCCCUUUUCCAAUUCUACAAAUUGUCAUAAGAGAUAUGUGCCACUGUGUCAUUUGAAAUUAACAUCAAUAUGUCCUUUAAGACUGUCCUAAUUUUGACAUAUGACAAGAAAACUUCAAGUUUAAGCCACACCUAACACUACUGCCAGAGAAGAUCUAUGUACACCUAGACAGCCUCAACAUGACAGUUUCCUUUGUAGAGUUGCUAGACUGGACAUUUAAUUGAACAAACAAGAAGAAGAAAUUUCUUUAAAGUUAUUAUAAAACCUUCUACAGAGGCUAAGCAUAUCAUCAAGUAUUAAACUAUGAAAAUUUGCAAAUAUUAAAGCAAAGAUUUUUGCAUUUGAAGUAAACUAGCACAUUUUUAAAAAAAAAUUACUUGUCUUAAAAGGGCUAUAAAUAAAUAAAGAUGUUUUUUCUCCAGGUUUCACUACAUGGCGAGAUAUUUUCAAGAUUGUACAGCAAUUUUUAAUUAAGUUCGUGUGGACUCCAAGAUCAUUUGGUUUAAUUGUGAUGGGCAUUUUCGCCUUUUGGGGAAUUAUUCAAACUCAAACAGGUGGGACAUUUGUUACAACUUAUCUUUUUGUCCAUGCAGUUAAAGCUGCAGUGCCUCAAAAUUGUUUUACCACUCAAGCAUAUGAAUUUAUGCUAAGCAAUAAUGAACGGAUGAUUAAAACAAAAGAACUAUAUUUUUCAGUCAAUAAAUUUAUAUUUAAAACUAUAAAAACUCAAGGAUUGAUACCAAUUUCAUUGUUUUAUGAUUUAGGGCUUCAUUUUUAUAAAGGCUAUACAAUUAGAACUGAACAUAAACAAUAAUACCAUCUCACAUGGAAAGAUAUUAUUUUAUAAAUGGCUGUCGAUAUUCUGGAAACCACUUUCAAUAACUUUUCAUUUUUUUCUGAGGCUCAUCAUUAUAAAGCUAAUAAAGAGAGCAAAAAGUUGGCAUUGCAUCAACACAUUUACAGGACUUUUUGACAGUAUAGUGCAUUUGUAAUUAAAAGUGAAAAAAAUAAUAUAAAUAUAAUUUACCUAUCAUUGUGAAUCAUUUAUAUUGUCUUUUUAGCAGACUCCAUUUCUAGCAUCAGUAGACUAGUCAUACUUUGGAGGUAUUUCAUUCAACACAUAAGGAUUUGGUCUAAUAUCAAGUCAUAGAGAGGAAUGAGCAGACUAGUCAUACUUGCCAGAUAAUUCAUUCAUCACUUGGGGAUUUGGUCAAAUACCAGGUCAUAGAGAACAUUCAUUGUCAUUCCUUGCCCACAUAUUUACCAAGAUUUGUGGUUACUGCGCCAUCAUGUUAAAUUUAAAUAAUCAGUUCCGAUUAAAAGCUCCAUAUGCAAACAAUAUAUGCAUUAUGUUUGUAUAGUCCUAUUAAAAUAAGAUAUAUUUUCAAAAUAGGAUUAUGGCAAUUUAUGUAAAUGUAAGUAGACUUUUUUUCUUUUUGGUUUUUUGCCUUUUUUAAUAAUAAUAAUCUAUACUAUAAAGAAGUGUUGAAAAUUCACACACUUACAGAGCUGUUUACUCUUACGAUGUACAAUGUAUGAUUUUGGGGUGUAUACAUUAUAUAUACUGUACCGGUAUGUUUAAUUUUUACUAUUAAGAUAAUGUAUUGAACAAUUGUGUGAUGAUAUUGUACGAUUUUAAGAGUUUGAGGGUAAACUGGUCUGCACUUACUGAGAUAAUUACUUAAUAUUUGACAGAAUAAUGGAAGUAAAAAAGAAAGCACAGUGACAUUUGUAAAGACUAGUACAUAGCACACUGAACAGUGCAAUAGUUCCAGAAAUUAUCACAUUCAAUAACAAAUCAGAAAACGGGUUUGCCGAUAAGUUAUAUAUUCAUUUGCCACCUCUAAAAAUACUUUAAAAAAAAAUAAAUUCAGUUUGACUAACAAUCUUUUCAGACUCCUCUAUUUCACCUUCAUAUUCCUCAACCACAUUCCAGUAAAAAUUACUAACAAUUUUGGCUACAAGUAAAAGAAUCUUUAUGUCAUUUAUUAGAAGAUACUUCAUAAAUACAAAAUGGGUUUACAAAUUGACUUGGAACGAAAACAGUGAGAAAGAUAUUUCAUUCAAAUCCUGCUCUUUCAUGUCUGAAUUAUUUAGCUCUUCAGUCAAAACCUGUUCUUUCAGGUCACUUUUAAAUAGAGAUUUUUUUUGUCAGAUGCAUUUUUUGAAUUCUGAUACUUUUCACUAUGAUCAAAAUAUGGAGUUUAAGUAACUUUAAGAAGAUGAUAUCUCAGCAUGGGUGGCACACUGGUGUUUUAUCUUGUGACCCCUCUGCAGACACCCAAAUGAGACAGUAAUACAUCACCAUCUCCACUGCCCAGCACCUCUGGACUUACACCUUAACUACCUACCAAAAAUAUCGGUACCAGACUACACCAACACCAUCUUCAUCUAUACAAACAACUAUGAAGUAUGAAGAUUGUGAAAAUUCUUCAUUAUGGCCUCCAGCCGAAGGGCACAUGCCCAAAUGGCUGCUGGAAGGGAUUAUUUCUCCAAUCAUGAAAAAUACAAUUUUAUGUGAAUUUCACAGCUGAUGUCUUUCAUUUAGUCGAAUAACCUCAACUUUACUGAAUAUACUAGACAGUGCAGUUAACAAUUGCAAUACUGUCCCGCAACCAACAAAAAAGGCAAGAGAUGCAUCCACCAUUUCUGCACAGUUUGGACCGAAAUAUAUAAUAUAGAAGCAAGACAACUGACCAAGUACACAUGAACAGGAAGAUAUGGAGGCCUUCACCUGCUUGUUUAUGUAAUACCUUGAAAUAAAUGAAGCAGAUUUCAGGUCCAGAAUUAGAAAGGCAAGGUCAGCAGUCAGCAUUUGUGGAGAAAAUCUGGGAUUCAGAAGUUAAAAAAAAAAUUUUUAAUAUUUUCAAUACAAAUUUCUAAUUCCUUUUCUAUAGUCAAAACUUGGCGGACAGUGAAAAUAUAGACCUUUACAAACACCUGCCUGAGAAAGAUACUGAAAACUGAACAUAAAAUUUCCAAACAUCAUCAACAAAGCCUUUCGGUAUUGUAGAAAACAUAUCAAGUGCCUCUUGCUUAAGCCAUCACAAGGAAAUGAUGGCCGUGGAUAGGGCACACUCUUUGUAAACCCCUGGGUGUUGGUUCAUUGAUUGAGGUAAUGGUUAACAAAUGAAUAUUUAAAAGUGCAAGGUUAAAAAUCCCCAGUCUCUGGCCAAUUAAAAUUUAAAAGUUAAUAAAAGCUGAUUUAAAAAAAAAAAAAAAAUCUUUUAAAAAAACUUUUUCAGAGUUUAGCAUUUCAACUCCAUAGUACCGGUAUACAGGUACAGUGAUCAGCAUAUGGCUUUCAUUUACCUAGUAAAUCAUGACAGUACCACCAAUCUUAACUUUAAUCAAGGUCUGGUACCUAAUCCGCAUCCAUUGCUUAUCAAUGGGGGGGUCCUUGAUCCUGGUUUGACUUUAACGGUUACGAAUGUGUCGGAUCGGGGUCUUGGACGCUGUUCUUCGUGAGCGGCAGUGCAAGAGCGUCCUGCUCAGUCAUGCUUCAGCAGAUAUUAAUGUCGGUACCAGAACCUGCUUAGUUUAUAACUGUUGAAAAAUAAUGAACCUUUUUCUGUCGAUGGAGUUUGCAAGCUAGUUGGAUAAACUGCUGAAUACUAAUGCGUCAUAUAAAUAGUAUUGAAAAUUGACACCUACUUCAUUUUCCCUUCCUAUUCAUUAUGAACUUGGCUAAUCCUUAGUUUAACAAUAAUGAACAGUGUUACAAAAUUAAACAGAAAGCCAUAUAUUUUUUAAGGUCUACUUUACUUAAAAGCAUCUUGGGAAUUCCAAUCACUGUUAUAGAGUACAGUUAUAGAACACUGCACAGCUCACCAACUUAUAAAGUAGCUCUUUCCAAUUUCAAUGUUUUUAUAUGUAAUUUAAAGAAUUCAGAUUAAUA